CUUUGUGGUGUAUAAGGAUGGGGAUGUGAGCCACCCCAUGGUGAGAGAGAGGAUCUGGCACAACAGUGACUUUAACUUUGACAACGUCCUGAUGGGCAUGAUGGCUCUGUUCACAGUGUCCACCUUCGAGGGCUGGCCAGCACUCCUGUAUAAGGCGAUUGAUGCUAAUGGAGAGAACCAUGGUCCUGUCUAUAACUACCGUGUUGAGAUCUCCAUCUUCUUCAUCGUCUACAUCAUCAUCAUCGCCUUCUUCAUGAUGAACAUCUUCGUGGGCUUCGUCAUCAUCACCUUCAGAGAGCAGGGAGAGUCUGAAUAUAAGAACUGUGAGCUGGACAAGAACCAGAGACAGUGUGUAGAGUUUGCUCUGAAGGCCCAGCCAUUGAAGCUGUACAUUCCAAAGAACCCAGUGCAGUAUAAGUUCUGGUCAUUCAUCCAGUCUACAGCGUUUGAAUACGUCAUGUUCGUUCUAAUUCUCCUCAACACUGUUACUUUGGCGGUUCAGCACUAUGAGCAGUCCAAGGUGUUCAGUCAUGUGAUGGACAUCCUCAACAUGGUCUUCACUGGUCUCUUCACUGUGGAGAUGCUGCUCAAACUGCUGGCUCUACGACUCAGGCAUUAUUUCAUAGAUGCCUGGAACUCUUUUGAUGCUCUGAUCGUGGUGGGGAGUGUCGUGGAUAUUGUGGUGACGGAGUUCAGCAGCUCUGAUGACAGUUCCAGAGUGUCCAUCACGUUCUUCCGUCUGUUCCGAGUGAUGCGAUUGGUCAAACUGCUGAGCAAGGGGGAGGGAAUUCGGACGCUGCUCUGGACCUUUGUCAAGUCCCUCCAGGCCCUGCCUUACGUAGCCCUUCUCAUCGCCAUGAUCUUCUUCAUCUAUGCGGUCAUCGGCAUGCAGACAUUUGGGAAGAUCCAUCAGGACUACACUCAGAUCAACAGGAACACAAUUUUCAGACGUGAGACGUUUCCUCAGGCUGAACUGACUCUAUUCAGGUGUGCUACAGGGGAGGCGUGGCAGGAGAUCAUGCUAGCCAGUCUGCCAGGUAAACGGUGUGACCCAGAGUCAGACUACCUGCCUGGCGAAGAGUUCACCUGUGGAAGCAACUUCGCUAUAGUCUACUUCAUCAGCUUCUUCAUGCUGUGUGCUUUCCUGAUUAUCAACCUGUUUGUUGCUGUCAUCAUGGACAACUUUGACUAUCUAACCCGUGAUUGGUCCAUUCUGGGGCCUCAUCACCUGGAUGAGUUCAAGAGGAUCUGGUCGGAGUACGACCCUGAGGCCAAGGGUCGUAUUAAACAUCUAGAUGUCGUAGCUCUGUUGCGAAGGAUCCAGCCUCCUCUGGGCUUCGGAAAGCUCUGUCCUCACCGCGUGGCGUGCAAGCGUCUGGUGGCCAUGAACAUGCCUCUAAACAGCGACGGAACUGUAACCUUCAACGCCACUCUGUUCGCCCUGGUCAGAACUGCCCUGAAGAUCAAAACGGAGGGUAACCCGGACCAGGAGAACGAGGAGUUGAGGACCAUAAUAAAGAAGAUCUGGAAAAGGAUGAAGCCCAAGGUUCUGGACGAGGUCAUCCCCCCACACGAGGAAGAGGAUGUGACGGUUGGUAAGUUCUACGCGACCUUCCUGAUUCAGGACUACUUCAGGAAGUUCAGGAAGAGAAAAGAGCAAGGAGAUCUAGAAGAGGGCGACCCAAACAACACCUCUGCUGCUCUACAGCUGUGUCAGGCGGGUCUGCGUACCCUGCAGGACCUGGGGCCGGAGAUGAGGAUGGCAAUGUCAGCUGACCUGGAGGAGGAAGAGGAAGAGGGCAUGGAGGAAGAGCCAGAGGAAGAUGAUUCUCCCUAUAAGACUGAUAAUGGCUAUGCCCCUGAGGGUAAGGACAGACGUGGCUCCAUGGUCACCACCCUUACUGGAGGAGGAGGUAUGCCCAGGGAGAGUCUCUCCAACGGGGGUCUGGCCCACCGAGGUUCCACCUCCUUCUCCAAGACCCCCAACGGAGGAGGCCUGGAGCAGGAUGAGCUGAGACGAGGAGACAACAUGAGGUCCUCGCUCAACCAUCAUCAUCGUCAUUCUUCCAUUAAGAACGGACUGGUGGACCAACCGGCCAUGAGCAGAAGGAAUUCUAACAAGUAUUCAAGAAGAGACAGCAGAGGAGACAGGUAUUCUCCUGUCCGAGGUCGUAACGGAGGGAUGGAUGGAGGAGAGGAGAGUUACGGAGGAGAGGAAGGUUACUACGAUGAGGAUAACGAGAGCCUUGAUCCUCGUGACAGACUUCGUUACCCUGACGACCCUCCUCUGUACCCUGGUCAGCAUGACCACAUGUACGACGCCCACGCCCCCAGCAACGCUGCCUACGGUAAUAACUAUGGCAACGGGAACGGGAAUGGCUAUGGAGAUGGACGGAGGACCGCGAGGAGACGCCUCCUCCCCGCCACACCUACCGGUCGUAAGCCAUCCUUUAAUAUCCAAUGUCUGAGGAGGCAGGACAGCAAUGAUGACCUCCCCAUCCCAGGAACCUACCACCAGAACUCUCCCCCCUGCCGGGCACGCACACAGGUCACUACACAGACGUACGGCAGUUACGAGUCCCGUCGCAGCAGCAGCCGUUCCUCAACAGGUUCCUCUGCCUCCUGGGCCAACCCUUGCCCUCGCCGAGGUCGCCUCCUCUAUGCCCCUCUCAUCCUGGUCGAAGAGGAAGGGGCGGGGGGCAGCGGCGGCUCCGGGAUCCGACCUGGCCCUGCGGGGUGGUACACGGGGCCCCCUUGUCCCUCAGGAGGUUCCCAGGGACCAUACAGGGCCUAUACCACACUAGAGGUCCCCACUCAGCUCAGCCCUCACUACAGCGACAAGAGAGGCAGCGCUGACAGCCUGGUAGAAGCCGUGCUGAUCUCAGAGGGGCUGGGUCUGUAUGCCAAGGAUCCCAAGUUUGUGGCCUUCGCCAAACGGGAGAUUGCUGACGCGUGUCACAUGACAAUUGACGAGAUGGAGAGUGCGGCCAGCGACCUGCUGAGUCGGAGAAGCAGGGGCGGAGGGGGUGGCGGUUUCCUGAACAAUCCCGACCUUGGAACCCUGUACAGCGACGAGGAGCCAAUCAGAACGGGCCGCGACGAGGAAGACCUGGCGGACGAGAUGACCUGCGUCACUUCCUUCUGAUCUGGACGACGGUCGAUCAAUUAAUCAAUCGAUCGAUCGUGAUUGAUUGAUUGAGUUUAUUGUGAUCAGGAGCAGACCAGACUUACUGGGCACGAGGGAGACAGAGGACAACUGAGGGACAGAUGGAUGGAGGACAGAUAUGGAGCUGGACAGACAGACAAGAGGUUGUCCAGUCCAGUGUCCUUAGUCCCUCCAUCUUGACUAUAGACAGACAUAUAUUAUAGGCCUCUAGGUUUUACAGAGAAUGGACCCAAAGGGACUAGAUGAAGAUGUGAGACAGAGGAUGGACCCAAAGGGACUAGAUGAAGAUGUGAGACAGAGGAUGGACCGAAGAGACUAGAUGGAGAUGUGAGACAGAGGAUGGACCCAAAGGGACUAGAUGGAGAUGUGAGACAGAGGAUGGACCAAAGGGACUAGAUGGAGAUGUGAGACAGAGAAUGGACCAAAGGGACUAGAUGGAGAUGUGAGACAGAGGAUGGACCCAAAGGGACUAGAUGGAGCGACAGAGAAAAAGGUGAAAGAAGAGAAAGAUUUUUUAAAAAGAGACAGAAAGACGUGAGAGAUGACCUCCCCAAAGGCACGCUAUAUAGUGCACUGCUUUUUGACCAGGGCCCAUAGGGACUAUGGACGAUGUAGGGAAUAAGGGGGCAUUUGGGAAGCAAACAAAUAUGUGGGUGAGGUGAGGAACCGAUUCGGGAAGGUGGAUGAUCUUAAGGAUGAGUUGUGUGUGUGUGUGGAGAAGAUCACAUUAAUGGAAGAAUAGAAUAUGAGAGAUGGGGAGAAAGAGAGAAGAGAGAGAAGCGAGUGAGAAAGAUGGGGUGGAGAGUAGGAGAGAGAGAGAGAGAGAGAGUAGAGCGAGAGAGAGAUGGGGGAGAGUGUGACUCAGUGUGUCUGCUGGGUGAGUCAGUGAGUAGCACUCUCAGAUCAUGAACACAUUUGUAUCAAAUUGUGUUGGUCUCUAAUAACAGACUCCUUUAAGAUAUUUGUACUGCGCAUCAUGUUGUACACGCACAUUAUCUUGAUGGAUAUACUGUACAAUGUUUUUCAUUUUCAGCUUUAGAUUAUUUUUGAUUUGACGAAAGAACUGAAAUUGUGAGAUACUUUUAAAAAACGAAGUUGUUAGUGUUGUCUUGUCGUCGUGAUGCGUCUACUACCAGGGUCGGUUGGGCUCAAUUCAGUUUUCAAUUCAGUCAAUUUAAAUUAAAUUCCUGAAUUAGAAUUAACUAGCCUGAAUUGGCUGAAUUAAAACCUGAAUUGGCUGAAUUAAAACCUGAUUUGGCUGAAUUAAAACCUGAAUUGGCUGAAUUAAAACCUGAUUUGGCUGAAUUAAAACCUGAAUUGGCUUAAUUAAAACCUGAAUUGGCUGAAUUAAAACCUGAAUUGGCUGAAUUAAAACCUGAAUUGGCUGAAUUAAAACCUGAUUUGGCUGAAUUAAAACCUGAAUUGGCUGAAUUAAAACCUGAUUUGGCUGAAUUAAAACCUGAAUUGGCUGAAUUAAAACCUGAUUUGGCUGAAUUAAAACCUGAAUUGGCUGAAUUAAAACCUGAAUUGGCUGAAUUAAAACCUGAAUUGGCUGAAUUAAAACCUGAAUUGGCUGAAUUAAAACCUGAAUUGGCUGAAUUAAAACCUGAAUUGGCUGAAUUAAAACCUGAAUUGGCUUAAUUAAAACCUGAAUUGGCUGAAUUAAAACCUGAAUUGGCUGAAUUAAAACCUGAAUUGGCUGAAUUAAAACCUGAAUUGGCUGAAUUAAAACCUGAAUUGGCUGAAUUAAAACCUGAAUUGGCUGAAUUAAAACCUGAAUUGAACCACCACUCUGUUCUUCUUCUCUUUGUGUUAGAUAUCACGUCUAUGUUGCUUUCUGUUUGAAAACAGAUCACAUCACGUCUGUUGUUUUAUUUUUGAUGUUUUUCCAUGAUGUCGCUGUGCUGUGCCCCAAAUUACACCCCAUUCCCUAAAUAAUGCACUACUUCUGACCAGGGCUCUGGUCCAAUGUAGUAUCAAAUAGGGAAUAGUGUCCCAUUUAGGACACAGUCUCUGUCUAAAUGCACUGUGAUUGCUGUUUUUAAUAAUAAUAGUAAUUUAAUUUCAAGCAACAAAAAAAAAUGUUAUUUUUAAAUGUAUUUUUAUUUCUAUCCUGGACAUGCAGGGUUUAUAAGCAGCUGAAAAUACUAAGUGCUCAUUUUAUUCUGGCAUUAAUAACUUAAUUGCAUGUUUUAUCAGCUCAUAUAGACUAAAAACAAAGGUUCAUUUGAAAUGUCAUUGCUCAUUGUCGAAAGCAUCAAUGUUUUUAUUCAGAUUUCUAUAAUUCUAUAUGAAUCUAAUACAAUUCAUUCAAAUGUCACAUCGAUAAACACAAAAUGGUGA